UGGUAGCAGCUAUAUAAGGGCAGCGUUUCCUUGAAGUGGCAUACAUUCAGUUUGUAAACGUCGUCGUGUAAAGACAUCAUCGCAAAAUGAGCAUUAGCACGUUCAACUUUCAAUUCUACAACUACAAAUUGCCCGCAGCAGUGCCGGUAAUCGAAGCGACAAGCUUCAGCGAGCUUGAAAUGGACAUCGAUGAGGAGGAAAUGACUGCAACGACUGCAGUUGCUGUUGCACCCAUUACCUCGACUCCAUUGCCAGCCAAGCAACAACACUUGCAGCAUUUGCCGCGUCCGCCGACGCCACGCUUCACCAGCGAACUGGCAUUGGCAAUUACCGGACCAGAAGCGAAUGUGGUGGCUACACCAAAACCGAUAGCGAAGCCGCUGCCAGAGUUGCGACCACAGCUUUACAAGAGCCAGAAGCGUUGGUCCAUGGAGCUGCGAGAGAAAGUGCUGGAAAUGUCCAAGCGCAAUAACGGCUCCGAUGAGCACAUCCCACAAUUCACAUUGCAGCAGCAACAACAACGACAGGAACAACAGGAUUGCAACGCUACAUUCACUUCCAGCAGCCACAUCGCUGAUUCUGAUGCUGAUGAUGUUGCGGCCGCGGGUCAUGAUGAAACCACACGCAGUGUCAGCGACAAAAUCAACUUCUUCAACAAGCUAACCAACACCUUUGAAUCCGCUCGCAGCACUGCCCAAAACACUAACAACAACAACAACAAUGCCAAUCGUUUUAUCUCGCUGCUGCGUUCCAGCCGUCCGAUGGGCGUGGCCACCACAGGCAAUGGCAAUGGCAACGGCAACAUCGGUCUAGUGCCGCCACCUAAACCCAAACGCUUGGCUGCCACAACAUCAGCAACAGCUACAUCAGUGCCUGAUGUAGCGUCCUAUCAGUUUGCCACUCCCAAUGCAAAGCCGCCCACAGCCUAUGGCAACAAUGGCGUGCAACGCAAAUGCUCAUUGCGUCGCAAACCCUCAAUGGAGAAAUCGAGGGCGACCAUUUCGCGUCAGAACUCAAAUGCUGCAACGCUGCGACCACAACGCCAUGCCAUGAUGGAGGACCUGAGUCUCGUUGUCCCUGUUCGCCUGCGCAUUGCCGAGUACGAGCAGCGCAUCUCGAUGGGUGCAUGAAUAUGCAAUCGACUGACCAACCGGUUUAUUAAUUUAGUGCAUGCUCCCAAGGAUACCCUAACUAUUAGAUAUUACUCAUACGCCAUGUUCAACAUAAGAUAACAAAA